GUGCCGCCCGCGGCGCGGCCAUGAAGCUGAAGCUGAAGAACGUGUUCCUCGCUUACUUCCUCGUGUCCAUUGCUGGCCUUCUCUACGCGUUGGUGCAGCUCGGCCAGCCAUGUGACUGUAUCCCUCCACUGCGGGCAGCGGCUGAGCAGCUUCGACAGAAGGAUCUGAAGAUUUCCCAGCUGCAAGCUGAUCUCCGACGCCCACCUCCUGCCCCUGCCCAGCCCCCUGAACCCGAAGCUCUGCCUACUAUCUUUGUUGUCACCCCCACCUAUGCCAGGCUGGUGCAGAAGGCCGAGCUGGUGCGCCUGUCCCAGACGCUGAGCCUGGUGCCCCGACUGCAUUGGCUGCUGGUGGAAGACGCUGAGGGACCCACCCCGCUGGUCUCGGGGCUGCUGGCCGCCUCCGGCCUCCUCUUCACACACCUGGCUGUCCUCACCCCCAAGGCUCAGAGGCUUCGGGAGGGUGAGCCAGGCUGGGUUCGGCCACGUGGUGUAGAGCAGCGGAACAAGGCCCUGGACUGGCUCCGGGGUGGCGGGGGUGCAGUAGGUGGGGAGAAGGACCCACCCCCGCCAGGGACUCGGGGAGUUGUGUACUUUGCGGACGAUGACAACACUUACAGCCGGGAGCUCUUUGAGGAGAUGCGCUGGACUCGAGGUGUCUCAGUGUGGCCCGUGGGGCUAGUAGGUGGCCUGCGAUUCGAGGGUCCACGGGUACAGGAUGGCCGGGUUGUGGGCUUCCACACGGCAUGGGAGCCAAAUAGGCCCUUCCCAAUGGAUAUGGCGGGCUUUGCUGUGGCCCUGUCUUCACUGUUGGCUAAGCCCAAUGCCCAGUUUGAUGGCACUGCUCCCCGGGGCCACCUGGAGAGUAGUCUCUUGAGCCACCUUGUGGAUCCCAAGGACCUGGAGCCACGGGCUGCCAACUGCACACGGGUGCUGGUGUGGCACACACGGACAGAGAAGCCCAAGCUGAAGCAGGAGGAACAGCUGCAGCGGCAGGGCCGGGGCUCAGACCCGGCCAUGGAGGUGUGAUGGUGCCCAGGACACCCCAAGCAGACCACCACCUCCCAUCACAGGCAUGGAUGGACCUUGUAGGACUGGGCACCUGGCCUGCCCAGGAUGUGGUUUCCCAAGUCCUGACCCAUCAGAGCCGGCUGGCCCCUCUGUCCCUCCAGCCCUAGGGUGUGGCCCAGCUGCUCCUCCCCUCCCCCCAACCCCCGCCUGCCACGUGGUGGUGCCCACAGGCCGGGGACAAGCAGCCCUUGUAUUGAGCCAGGGUCAGCCUUGUAGGGCGGAGCAGAAGGGCAGACCGCCUCAGGAGGGAGGGCAGCUGAGUAAACUGGGUAAUUUAUUGGGGAUGGGCAUGCACUGGGGGAGGGGGAGUUGGAGGAGCUGGGCUGGACCCUCCCACCUCAGCAUGCUGACCCCCCUCCUACCUCCGGAAUAAAGACUCUCAAUCUGGAA